UCCAGUGUUUGAGUGUCUGAAGCCGUUGGCUGGUCCUGAACCGUUUGGCUCUUUCUCCACUAGCAAACAGCCCUACAAUGUAUCUCAAUCGCGCUUAAAUCUAUUUUUUAAACGAUUUUACUCAGCUCCACGCCGAUGCGAUUAGGACCAGACGCUUGUUUGGGAAUUUAUCUAACGAUCUGCCGCCUCAAAUCACCUUUAUAACGCUUUGUUUGACCACUAUUUUACAAAAUAGUCGAGGAGGAGGAAAUUCCACACAAGCAGCUCAGCAGUGAAAGGCACUCUUCGCGCUCAUCCGGGUAUUAAAAUACUUGCUAAAGGUUCACAUUGGAGCAAUACCUGAUCACAUGGUGCUGAGACACUUGGUUUGGAUUCUUAAAAAGCGUUUGCCUUGCGGAAUUAGAGCUGAUAGUGUGGCUUGUGUCCUGUUUGCUGACCUCAUGGUGUAAGCAAGUGUGAAGAUGAGUAUUAGCAGUGAUGAGGUCAACUUCCUGGUGUAUAGAUACCUGCAGGAGUCAGGGUUUUCCCACUCAGCCUUCACAUUCGGCAUUGAGAGCCACAUCAGCCAGUCCAACAUCAAUGGCGCCCUAGUGCCCCCUGCUGCACUGAUCUCUAUUAUCCAGAAAGGCCUGCAGUACGUGGAGGCUGAAGUCAGCAUCAAUGAGGACGGUACGCUGUUCGAUGGGCGGCCAAUUGAGUCUCUAUCAUUGAUCGAUGCGGUGAUGCCCGAUGUCGUACAGACGCGGCAACAGGCAUACCGAGACAAACUGGCCCAGCAGCAGGCCGCCGCAGCACCCUCUUCAACCAGCGCCAACAUGCAGGGUAACGCCAAAAACGGAGAGAACACAGCAAACGGAGAAGAGAACGGUGCUCACGCCUUACCUAAUAACCAUGCAGACAUGAUGGAGGUGGAUGUAGAUGUGGAGAUCCCUCAAAAUAAAGCCAUGGUGCUGAGAGGUCACGAGUCCGAGGUCUUCAUCUGCGCCUGGAACCCCGUCAGUGACCUGCUCGCCUCUGGGUCUGGGGACUCAACAGCACGUAUCUGGAAUCUUAGUGAGAACAGCAGUAGUAGCUCCACACAGCUCGUUCUGAGGCACUGCAUACGGGAAGGCGGCCAAGACGUGCCCAGCAACAAAGACGUCACAUCAUUAGACUGGAAUAGUGAAGGCACACUGUUAGCCACAGGCUCUUAUGAUGGCUUUGCAAGAAUAUGGACUAAAGAUGGUAAUCUGGCCAGUACUCUGGGUCAACAUAAAGGUCCAAUAUUUGCAUUAAAAUGGAACAAAAAAGGAAAUUUUAUCCUCAGUGCUGGUGUUGAUAAGACAACAAUCAUUUGGGAUGCACACACAGGAGAAGCCAAACAGCAGUUCCCGUUUCAUUCAGCACCUGCUCUGGACGUGGACUGGCAGAGCAACAACACAUUUGCUUCCUGUAGCACUGACAUGUGCAUCCAUGUGUGCAAACUGGGACAGGACCGACCCAUUAAGACAUUCCAAGGACACACAAAUGAAGUUAAUGCAAUCAAAUGGGAUCCGACUGGCAACCUGCUGGCAUCGUGUUCUGAUGAUAUGACUCUGAAGAUCUGGAGUAUGAAACAGGACACUUGUGUUCAUGAUUUGCAAGCUCACAGCAAAGAAAUUUACACUAUCAAAUGGAGCCCCACAGGUCCAGGAACCAACAACCCCAAUGCCAAUCUAAUGCUGGCUAGUGCUUCCUUUGAUUCCACUGUUCGGCUAUGGGACGUAGAUCGAGGCAUCUGCAUCCACACACUAACCAAACACCAGGAGCCCGUGUACAGCGUGGCCUUCAGCCCUGACGGACGCCAUCUAGCCAGCGGUUCUUUCGACAAGUGUGUCCAUAUCUGGAACACACAAACUGGUGCUUUAGUCCAUAGCUACAGGGGAACAGGGGGCAUUUUUGAAGUUUGCUGGAAUGCAGCAGGAGACAAAGUAGGAGCAAGUGCAUCGGACGGCUCUGUUUGUGUAUUAGAUCUGCGGAAAUAGCACUGCUUGCUGGAAGCCAUGGACCGACUAUGAAUGUGUACAUAGCCAAAAUGACUGUCCCUGACCCUCAAACUGCUACAGUCCCUAGUGAACCAUGGCCAGCAACUACAGACAUACAAAAACAAGCACCGUGAUGCACCACACCGAGCAGAGAGGAUAUGAUUCCAACCAGAGACAUUCAAAAUGACUUUUGUAAGUGACACAGGUGAAUAAAAAAAACAAUAAAACAGAGGAAGAAGAAAGACAGAAGGACUGGUAUAUUUACCAAAUUUGGAAGAUAUUUUACUAUUUGUUCUUCAAAACCAAUCUCAUCAAAAUAAAUGAACGAAAGGAUUUUAAUCUUUGUUCGUAGUUCCGUUUCAAUGUGUAGACAUAUCAACUUUUUCUUUGUUUUCUCCCCCAACCCCUCUCUAUCUCACACUUUAGCUCUUUUAUUUGAAGUCAUAUCUGCAUGAUUCCAGCACUCUUUGUUUUGCUUCAUUUUACACAAGUACACUUAUUUACAGUCUUUUGAGACUUUGAGCAUUGUGUGAUUUCAAACAGUGUGGGGACAUGAAAAAAAAAAUCACGUAUCUUUUUCUUGUUCUUCAGUUUUAGUUUUUGAUGCUAUGGUGGUACUGUUAUCUUACUGCAGUCAUUUGAGUUUCCACCACCCCCACCCUGUUGUACCCCAAAAGAGAGGUACAUUGUACGGAAUAAACCAGAAAAUGAAGACAAGCGCACACAAUCAAAUUCAUCCGUUCUCUCAUACUACUGUAUCUAGUUGUUAGAUGUUUCCCUUAUUAGUUCAAAUUAAAUGUAAAUGCUAAACAGUUCUAAAAUCUAGUUCUCAGAUCAAGACAUGUGGCCUAACUGUGACCCAGGAACAUGCAUGACAUGCAUGUAGAUGUAGGUUUGCAUUAUUUCUAAAUGAACCAUCAGCUGAUUGGCUUUUCACACAUUUGCAUUCUUUAUCCUGUUUGACUACAGCGGUGGGUUUCUCUUUUGUUGUAUCGGUUAUAUUUGUGUGCAAAUCAAGAAUUAUACUUUUUUAAUAUUUGGAAUUUUUACUUACAGGUUAUUAGAAGUGGUUUUGUUUCUGCUUUUGUAACUAGUUUGCCUUUUGUUAUCACCUGUGUCAAAAAACAAAACUCGCUUCUCCGUUAACCAGGAAGGUUUUUCGUAUGAUCUUGAGAACUUCAUUGGAAAGUCUGAUGCUUUAAGUGAGUCUGUGUUGUGCGGGACAUUCAACAAACAUCUAAGUUACAUUACUCAAAAAGCCGAUGACAAGAAUGCUUUCCCGCGCUGUGAAGUUUUCAUCAAUCUCAAAACUAAUUAAAAAAAUGUCAUUUCUGGAUUUUUGGCACACCAUGUGAUGUAACAUCUGGUCAUAUGAUCGUUCUACCAUGUAAUGAGAUGUGCUAAUGUUCAUUUACCUCACAUGCAUCAGGACAGCAGUACUAGAAAGGACACCUUUCAAAACCUCCUUGACAUUUAAAAUGGUCCUCUUUCUGAGUAGUCCUUUGUCCAUAUUACUGUGCUUUUGGUUUUCUCAGUGUGAAGACAUCAAUUAAGCUUUUUGAUGACUCAAACAAUGAGGAAACAGAAUUAGUCACAUGCUCCAAAAGUGCACAAAUGAGGCUUGUUCGCUCUCUCUAAAUUUCUUUACUCAAGUUAUUUUUAGGACAUCAUGUGACAUUUAACCUUGCGUUUUAUACCAGGUGUAGUAUUUUGAGAUCUGUAUACAACUGACUUCUUUUAAGUCGAUUCAAAAAAUAAAUAAAUACAUCUGAACACUAUUUAUUGCAGUCUGAAUACAGAAGGUAUUUCAGUCCUCCUCUGUCCUCUUCUCUGUAUUCGGCCCUGUGUCUGCCUGCCCGCAAUUAUCACUCUUUCCGCACGGUGUCAUUUCUAAUCAUUAUUCUUACUUCGUUUGUGUCCCCUGGACUUUUUGUACUCUUUUCAAACUUUUGUAAUUCUUAUUUCUUUGUAGCUAAAAAAACAAAAGAAGAAAAAAAAAAGGAACUAAAUAAGGAAAAAAGAAAAAAAAAAAGAAACCCAAACAAUUUAUUCUAUAUCGGUUGGAGGGUGUAAAGCUAAGACCUAAGUUUUGCUCACUCUGAGUCCGAUGUGUUCUCGGAUGUCCCCGCACUUGCUCUUUGUUUCCCCAGUCUAACGUUUUUGGUUGCAAAAUUCCCCCCUUGCAUUGCAUUGAUCUGUUGUCAUUUUAAUCAGAUCUGGAGUUCAAAAUAAAGUAUAUUUUGAUAUUA